GCAGCCAGAGGCUUUGGAGAGGGUCAGUUUUGUUUGAAAACACUCCCUCUCUCAUGCUUUUGAGAGAGUAGCUUGAUGCAGAAAUGAAGGGUGUCUACUUCCCCUUUUGUUCAACGGGCCAAUAGCAGUCAGGCAAUGCGUUUUCCGCCGUUUGAUGUUUUAAAGAGCCAAAGAGUUUGUCACUCUGAAGGAUUUGAUCAGUCGACUCGCAGACACUUGAUUAAUGGAACUGAUCCCUUUCGGUAUGGGAGAUCCCCUUCGGUCCCCUCCCCGUUCACUCGCGGGCCUUGUUUUCCGUCUUUGGGACGUGCAGAACGAAUGACACAGAUGUUGUUGGAGGAGACAGUCCCCAUCCCUCUCCUCCUCUCCCGCACUCCCAGCAUGGGGCCUGAAACUUGUUUUUCAAUCAUUGUUUCCGCCAACUUCUUUCCCAAAAGAGAAAAGCGAGGCGAGAAAGAGGAGGGAGAGAGCGGAGGGAGCGCUAAAUAAAAGAGGGAGGGAAAGUAAAUACAAAGCAUUUGUGGAAUAUAAAGAAAAAACAUUCUUUAUAACAAUCUCUCGAUAAUUUAGGACUGUGGGGAGAAGGGUGGACCACAGUUGGGAUGGUGUAGCGGAGGGUGCAGGGCCAGAGGAGAGGAGAUUUAGGCUGAAGAUGCAGGUGUCUGCAUGGAUGUUGUGGGUGGCAUGGCUGUGUACUUGCAGCAAGGCGGUGCGCCAGUGCGCGUGCCCACCUGAUGAACAGGUGGCACAGAGGUCAGAGGGAAAAGGACACCUACGCCAUCGUCUGAUGCAUCAGCGAGCAUCACACAGAGACCGGGCCCAUCGCAGGAAAGGUUCCAGACUUGUUUCAGAAAUUAACCUACCUCGUAUUGUUCACCAUCCUUCCGAUGUGGUGGUCCGAGUGGGCAGCCCGGCCACAUUGUCGUGCAGGGCAGAGGGCAACCCUGAGCCCACCAUACAGUGGCUCAGAAAUGGCCAACCUCUUGACACGGACAAGAUGGAUGCGCAGUCACAGCCUAUCGUUCUACCAGAUGGAAGUUUGUUCUUCUUUAGUGUGGUCCCGGGCCGGAAGGGUCAGUCCCAUGAAGCGGUGUAUGCCUGCAUCGCUCACAACAGCAUUGGAAAUGCAACCAGCAGAAAUGCUUCUCUUCAUAUAGCAGCUUUGCGAGAGGAUUUUCGUGUGCAGCCUAGUGAUGUAGAAGUAGCGAUUGGAGAGAUGGCAACCAUUAACUGCAGUCCACCUGUAGGACACCCCGAACCCAAUGUCACCUGGAGGAAAGACGGGAUCCUUAUCAACAGCAGCAAUGAACACUACACUGAACUGAAAGGUAAACUAAUCAUUGCUCCAGCCCAGAAGAAUGACUCUGGAGUUUACAGCUGUAUAGCCUCAAACAUGAUUGGGGUUCGAGAGAGUCGAGCUGCUCGAUUGUCUGUAUUAGCAAAGCCAGUAUUGUUGCGUAAACCGGAGGAUGUGUCAGUUCAGCUUGGGGAGUCAGCACAGUUUUUUUGUGAGGCUGACGGAGACCCAAUGCCUUCUAUAGAGUGGAGCCGAGAACAAGGACCUCUACCUAACGGCAGAUAUUUGAUCAACCCAGAUCACAGUCUGCAGAUCCACUAUGUGACAGCUCAGGACAUGGGCAGAUACAGCUGCACAGUGGAAAAUAAGCUUGGGGUGUCUGUGGCCAGUGCACAGCUUCUUGUAGAAGAUGCAGGGGGCACUAGACUGAGAGACCUACACAAAGAGCUGUCAGCCUUGCGCGUGAGCCUGGAAAAUGUCACAGUCAUGAGCACAGCCUCCAACAUGUCUCAAGUUAUGUGGAAGUUGCAGUCAUUUGGUUCACAGCCUCAUUAUCUUGAAGGCUUUGAGGUGCUGUAUCGCUCUCUCCUGCCUGCCAGCUCAGACUGGACGGCUCAAAGGGUUCCUCAGCCUAGCCUUCACACCCAUGUUGGACCUCUGAAGAGAGGCUACAAGUAUGAGUUCAAAGUGCGGCCCUACGGCAGCAGCCUGUACGGCAGAGAGAGCAACACCAGACACUUACGAGUGCCAGAGAUUGUCCCCAGCGCUGCACCUCAGGAUGUGUCCAUAACAAUGCCUGCUGAGCGUAAUGACACUGUGCAUCUCAGCUGGGAGCCUCCACCUCAUGAUGCUCACAAUGGAAUCAUUCAGGGAUAUCAGGUGUGGUGUGUGGAGUCUGAAGAACAGACGUCUUUUAACUGGACAGUGGACAGUGGGACACACAGUAUUGAGAUCUUCACAUUGCUGCCCAGCAGGUUGUACUGGGUUACAGUGGCUGCUGUUAAUGGGGCAGGUGUAGGUGUCCAGAGCGACCCAUACAAACUGCUCAUAGAGUCGAGACUGGAGGCGACUCCAUAUCAGACAGGCAUACUCAGUAUGUCUCAUUUCGUUAGUGUGAUUAAAGAGCCGGUUUUCAUAGGCAGCGUUGGCACCCUCCUGUGGUGUGUUUUGAUGAUUACUGCCGUAUUUUUGUACAGGAGACAUAUCAGACCAGCCAACCCUAGUGGCAAAAGCUCAGGUUUAUAUAGACUGGAAAGUGAAGAUCUCAUCAUCAAACACAGAAUGGCGGCUCCAGACUCUCCUUGGAUCUCAGGCGGCUGGAGGCCAGGCUCCAACAGUGAGCCCAAGCAGGGCCUUUGGACACCAAGCCAGGAGAAUUCUGGCCUUCGAAGAACCACUCUGCCUAUUACGGUUAAAAAGGACCCCAACCCCCUGCGGUCAGCUGUCCCCAUCGUGCCAGACAAUUGUGGGGUCUACGGCACCUUUUAUGUGGAUCUAACCGGCAAUGGACUGAAGACGUUUAAUAGUCCCGGCCGCUGUCCCAGAAUGCCUCAUGGUAACUCUCAACUGCAAAACUCGGAGACCAUUCGCAUCACAGAGCCCAUAGUCAAAACCGCCGUUGUCAGGGAAUUGCAGGCAUUACCAUGGAAACGCACACUCCCUGCCCAGCCCAACAUGGGAGUCAAGAAGGAAUCAUGGGAGAAAAAUGUCAAGCGUGAGCUGCAUGCGGUGAAAAGCGCCCCACUGAUGCCUCUGAAUCAACAAGCUCUGGCAGUGUGCAGUGCACCGAACCAUCAGCAGAGAUUCAGUCAGCAUCCUGCAGGUGGCGUAUCGGAGCCAGUGAAGCCGCUGAGUUCUCCACGUAUCCUGCACUACUCUGCCUCUCUGCAGCUGGUGGACAUGUUACCCAGCCCUCCACCUCUUCCCAUGGAGGACAACCACAGCCUGAGCUCAGAGGACGAGUCUACCAGAUCCACCAAGCUAACAGUGGACAUUGGUUCUCAGCAGUCUGUAUGUGCUGCAUCUGGGCUCCAGGGUCCAGCUUCAGCCAAUACAGGCUGUCCAAACAACCACAGUCCAGCCCAGCUAAGCCCAUCCUAUAGCCAUCUGUCCACAGCCUCCUUCUGCCUCUCCACCGAUGACUACCAGGACACGACCCUCAGCACUCAGGGACACACUCAAUACAUGGAGAUCAGUCCCAAACCACAGGGACAGAGCACAUCCCAUCAGAGUACUCCAUCAAUGCCCCGUCCGUUCUCUCCUACACCCACGUUGGGCUAUAUCUGUGGGCCUGGGGACCGGGAGAUGGAUGAGGAGCAGGAGACAGUGCCGAUCGGCCUCAGGAGAGCCACUCUAAGGAGCACACCGUCCUCUUGCUGCAGCGAAUGGGAGGGUUCAUUGUGGAAUGGCUGGGGUUCGGUGUCUGAGAGCAACGUGACGAGCGCUCGCACCAGCAUCAUCAGCUCCUCGGACUGCUCCUUUAUAAAUGAUGCCAACUUCGCCCGCGUCCUGGCUUUGACUGCUGAAUCCAUGAGCGGUAAUUUAUCAGAUUUUUCCCCGCCUGCGUCCCCUCUGAGUGUCCUGUUCCCCCCGAGAGAGUGUUUUGGAGAGGUGGAGCCUUUGCCCGUGUGGGACUGGAGCACAGCAUGGGUGGAGGAGUUGGAGGCUCAGUUUAAAGCCUCCAGAGACCCCAGAAGACCUGCCCGAAACUCAGGCAUCGAACGCUGGAGAGGACAUCUGGAGAGCCCCUCGCACCGAUGAUCGACCCGCACACGCUUAAGGCUUGUUUAUGGACUACAUCUCCCUGUGUUCCUCAGGGCAACUGCCUUUACUUGUAGUUUCAACGGGUUUGGGUUAGUAGCAAGGUCAGUUAAAUCGAACACACUGCUGGAAGGUACAGUAUGUGCAGUGUACAGUACGCCACUUUCCAUACGGACAGUUGUACCACAGCAUAAUAAAGACUAUUGUAAAUAAAGCAGUUUUAUUUAAUAAGCCUCCACAUAAGCUUUUAUAAAAAAAUAAAUAAAUCAAUUACGCUUUUAUAUGACAGAGCUAUCUAAAGCAGUGGUCCCCAACCUUCUUAGGUCAAGACCUAACAAUUUUACAGCAGCCCGAGGGAUUCUACGUAGAUUGCUAGGACCAUCAACCAUUUUCUCAGAAGAUGACAAGCUGACCAAACAUUGCUGUAACUCUGAUACAAGUUUAAUUUAUGGAGAAAAUAAAAAGUACUGCAAUG